AAGGCCCCCAGGAUUUUUGCUCGUUGUUUUCCCGUUGUAGUGUAGUUUGAUCAAUCACUGGAAUUAUGGCUCCUACAAAGGCUUACAUCAUCAUCGAUUUACAGAACGACUACUUCCCUGGAGGGAAGUUCGAGCUGAAGAACAUCGAGCAGGCCUCCUCCAAUGCCGCAAAGUUCUUGCAAUUUGCAAGAACCAAGCCUGAGGAGUUCUUCGUAAUCCAUGUCCGCCAUGUCUUUGCACCUUCCGAGCCUGCGCCGUUCUUUGAGGAGGGCACUGAAGGCUCGCAGAUCCACGACGUUGUCAAGCCAUUGGCUGGUGAGACGGUGAUUACAAAGCACCAGCCAAACUCGUUCAUCGGCACUCCAUUGCAGGAGUUGUUGACCACUAACGGUAUCAAGGAACUAUAUGUUUCAGGUGCUAUGACGAACAUCUGUGUUCAAGGCACCGUCAGAGCUGCCAGUGAGCUUGGCUAUAAAGUUGAACUGUUAACAGAUGCCGUGACAACCAAGGACUGGGAGUACGAUGGUAAAACCGUUACGUACGACCAGGUUAAUACAGCAAUCUUUGCGACUUUGGCAUUUGGUUAUGCUGACUUGGUGACAACCUCCGAAGCAUUGAGCAAGCUCCAAUGAUUGAAUGAAAUAGAUGUACACACCG